AUGGCCUCCAAUGAUGAAAAUGUAAUGGCAUCGGGUUUCCCUCGCCUCCGGGAGGUGGGAGGGAAGCCGGAUCCCGCUGUGUCUCCGCCGGGACCUCAAAGUAAAGGCGCCCCGGGCCCGGGUCUGCGCGGAGGGCUGUCCCUCGGCUGCUGUCCAGAGGCUCGGGAGCCCUCCGCGACGCCGGCGCGCACGGAUGCAAGACGGGGCCCGGGACCGAGCCUGGCCGGUGCCCCCCUCGCUGUCGCACGCGCCGGGCCUUGCGGGCGUUACGAGUGCCCGAGCCCGCCCCCGCAGCCUCCGGCGCGGGCCAAUAAAGGGAAAACAAGCCGCCGCGCGCGGAGCCGACGGGGGCUAUUUUUAGCAGCGGCCGGUCCUCCGCCGGGAGCUGCGGCUCCCAGCCCGCUGCACAGCGCGGGGAGCGCUCCCGCCUUCCCCGCUCGCGCUCCCGGACGCCGCCUGUUGCUGAAGUUUCCAGCGCCAAGGACUUCGCUGCACUCCUCGCCCACCCCCGCCGGUGCAACUACGGCGGCGGCAGGUCGCUUCUCGCCCGAGCAGCUGCACAGGACGGGAGCGCCCCGCCUCCCCUCGGCACCCAGCGCCCAGGGCGAGGCGUGGCGCCGCGCGCCCGCUCCCCGCAGUCGGUCUGGGGAAGCCGCGGUCCCGCCUCAGCCGCUUCUCCCCGGGCCAAAAAAGGGGGGGGGGGGAAAAGACGGGGGCGAUUUACUGCUCGGCCCCGCCCCGCCCCGCCCCGCCCCGCCCCGCCUCUUCGGGCUCAGCUGGCGGGCAGGCGCCAAGCGGGCCGCGCCGGGGAAGGGGAAGCCCCGGAUCCACGUGCUGGUCCCGAGCCCAGCAGCCGGAGCCGCGCUGAGGAAUCGCCGCCACGUGACGGAGGCGGGCCAGAGGCAGGGCAGUGGGGACGCGCAGGAGGGGCCGAAACAUGUGUGAUGUACACUUGUCAGCCUGGACAGACUGAAUCUCAAUCACAUACUCAACUAUUUGGAGAAAGAAAAGUUUCAAAAUGACUCUUUACAAGUGUUGACUGAACCUCAUGCAUCCAUUCAAUCAGAGAACAGAGAUGCUACCAUGUGACUCGCCCAGCCAAUCAUAACCAGUGAGCACAUUAUGAACUUGAAGAACAGUGAGAACUGUGGUUUGCUGUCGCAUGCUGCACUGUGGGCGCUCCUCUCUGCCCCUCAGUUACCUGGAGCACUGCGGUGAGCUUGCUCCAAAUGUCCCUUCCUCAUCACCAAUUGCUGUGCCCCAACAGGUGAUUCAUUCAUGACCCCAGACUCCAGAGUGAGUCUCUAUAGAGUCCCUCUCCCAUCUUGGGGAUAGUACCCUACAGUCUUUCUUCUGAUCUGUAGUGACUCCACCUCACUCCCACUCCUAGGUGCCAAACCACAACCCCUGCAUAAAACUGCCAGAGCCAAUUUUCCACCCAUGCCUUUUUGCUUCCUCAGGCCAUCUCCUCACUCACCUCUUCUUGAACACAUCUUUUCUCCGUCUCCUGAGUUCCUCAAAGGCACAGAUGGCCCUCCUCAGUCUUCACCACAGGAGACUCCUUUCAGUGUCAUCUUGGCCUCUGAGACCAACCUGCAGCUCCCUUCUUUGCAGGCAAGGCCCAGCAGCACCAGCUUCUCUUGCUGCUUCUCCUGGACCAAGUCUCCUGGAAGGCAGCAGGUAGUUCCUGGUCUGCAGGCCACACAUUCCCUAGAGGUCUCUGUGCUUUCUUCCCAGCCAGGGACCUUCCACUAGGACUUCUGCAUCCUAAGUGCAGUAGACAAGGCUAACUGAACAGGGCUGACCAGUCUCAGGCCAUUGAAUGGGCAGGCUACCCUUUUACAGUCACAGAAAAAAAGCAGCAAAUUAAUCAAGCCAAGGGGAGAUUUUCAAUAACAUGAAUGGGAAUUAAGUGCCCAGUUCUCAUUUUCACCUUUGACAAUCCUCUUAUCAAUGAUGAAUUAAUUAUUUGUUCAGCCCCAGCUAUUAGUUUGGCCUUGCUAAGCAGGACAACUUAGCACUUUUCAUCCCCCUGGGCUGACCAGACUUAGUUUUUGAGGGGCUGUGCCAGGUUCCCAGCCAGAUACACUGAAGCAGCCUAGAUUCAGCUACUGGAGUGAGUGGUCUGCUAGCUAACCCAAGUUAGAAGUCCAUCUAUCCUUCCUUCCUUCCUACAUGCUCUUCUCUCCAUCUUGGGGGGUAUGGGGCUCAGUAAUGUACUGUGUCCCUCUGAGGGAACUGAGUAGAACAGCUUCCCACCAUAGUAAAACAGAAGGCAGGGCGGUAUCUUGGAGACUAAACUGAGUGACGCUUUUCAACAUCAAAUCAAGUAUGACCCAGCCAAAGAACCCUGAAGCAAAUGAAUCAACCAGUUGCCUUUCUUCCAAAACUGAACAGGCGAUAGAGACUCAAAGGAGUUUACUAGUUUGUUUCUGCUGAUUGAAUUUACGUAGAGGGUGUUCAGAUACAGUGGUGAUGGGCAGGCAUACAGGACACAUGUCUACGUUUGGAUAGUGUAUAGUGCAGCACAGGAGGCUGCAAAUCUCAGGGCAUUACAGAUAUGUGCCCUGAGGAACUCCAGCUGUUCUGAUGAUGCUUUGCUUUGUCUACUGCUCCAUGCACACGCACUUACACUGAAGGCUGAAGGAUGUGCAAGCCUCAGCACACAGGCAGCUUCUGAGCCACAAGCCAACCCGGUGGCUUAACUAACUUGAUACAUCCUAUCACCUCCCCUGGGUCCAAGCAAACAGAGAUUCCCUGCAUGAUCUGUUCCCAGCAUAGGAAUGGGAGCUGAGCCAGUUUAUAACACAAACCAGCUCUGCCCCAGCUGGGGAGACUUCAGGAACAAGGAGGCUGUUUACACUCACUUUCAGACCCCUUCAUGCUGCCAGAGUGAGAGGAGAAAUCAUCCAACUAAGGGACAGGCCCUAAGUGAAUGUGUGACAGUCAUACAAAAGCAGGGCUGGAAGGCAACUUCAAGAGGUCAUCUAGUCCAACCCUAUGCUCAAUCCAGGAUCAUUCCUAUCCAAAUUGUCCCAUACAAGUGCUUGUCUAACCUAUUCCUAAAACUACACAAACUCCUCUGUCACACAGCUACAAGGCAUAUUGGCCCACAACACCAAGAAAACCCUACCCUGCCACAGGUAAAGCAGGGGGAUGAGGGCACUGUCAAUGUCCUGCCCCUGCAAGGAUUAUUAAAAUACAUUCAAGAGAUCCAAGGAAGAGGGCCCUGCUCUCCUAGUGCAGACAUAUUUGACUACACCUUGCCUUGGGUAUGUUUCUGCAGUUACGAUACCCCUGUGUCACACACAGGUAAAGGUGACCUGAAGAAGGGCAGAAAUGGGGGUUCUGGUUUUUCAUUCCUUCAUAGUGGUUUAACAAAAUCUGAAAGGUGAUUUGAUUGCUACAUCAUUAAUGGAAACAUCUGGCAUGUCAAGUUUUAUCCUCCCUAUUUUGCUAGAGGUCUCUCAGUCUCCUGAGAUACAGACUGGGGGCUCUCUCAACCCAUACCAGCACAGACAGGGUGUCAAAUGUUUUUCCAUAUAACCCUUUUUCCUAGAUGCAAAAGGAAAUGGCCUGAGUUUCAGAGGUGCCAAGCACCCACAGCUUCCACCAAAUUUAGUGAGAGUUGGUGCUAGGGCACCUCCAACAUCUCAGCCCAAAGACUUUCAAUGAAAACCAUGUCCCUAUUCAUAGAUGUUUGGGUUGGAAGUGACCUUAGCAGAUCAUCAAGUCCAACCCCCCAUCCCAGGCAGGAAAGAGCACUGGGGUCAGACAACCCCAGCCAGGUGCAUGUCUAGCCUCCUCUUAAAGAUCCCCAGGGUAAGGGACAGCACUACCUCCCUUGGAAGCCCAUUCCAGAUUCUGGCAACCCCUACCGUAAAAAAGAUUUUCCUGAUGUCUAACCUAAAUCUGUUCUCUGCCAGUUCAUGCCCAUUGUUCUUAGUUAGUCCAAGGGGUGCCCUGGUAAAUAAGGAAUCUCCUAUUCCAUGCUCUCCUCCCCUGAUGAAUUUGUAGGUGGCCAUAAGAUCACCUCUCAGCCUUCUCUUAUGGUGGCUGAAGAGAUCCAGGGCCCUCAAUUUCAUGAGGUUUUGCCUGCAGCCCCCUAACCAUGUAUGUGACCCUCCUCUGAACCCUCUCGAGGUUGUCCACAUCCCUCUUGAAGUGCAGCACCCAAAACUGGAUGCAGUACUUCAACUGCAGCCUGACUAAUGCUGCAUAAAGGGGAAGUAUCACCUCCCUGGACCUGUUUGUCAUGUACCUGCUAAUGCAUGAGAAAGUGCGGCUAGCUUUACUGAUGGUUUUAUCACAUUGACGACUCAUGUUCAUCUUGGUGUCAACGACUCCAAAAUCCCUUUCCUCUGCCAUGCUGCUAAGAAGGUCCUCCCCCAGCCUGUAAAUGGGCUGGUGAUUCAUUCUUCCUAGGUGCAGCACCUUGCAUUUGUCCCUAUUGAACCGCAUCCUAUUCUGUUCCACCCAUUUUCCCAACCUGUCCAGAUCCGUCUGGAUUCGUUCCCUACCAUCUGGUGUGUUAAUUUAAUCCCAUAAUAUGGUAUCAUCUCUGAAUUUGGACAGGGUGCUUUCCACAUCCUCAUCCAAGUCACUAAUGAAGACAUUGAACAGCAUCGGUCCAAGGACCGAGCCCUGUGGGACUCCCCUGCCCGCAUCUUUCCAGCUCGAUACCGACCCAUCCACCACCAGCCUCUGGGUACAGCCCCUAAGCCAAUCUGCCACCCACAUGACCAUGUAAUAAUCUACAUCACAGUCACUCAGUUUAUCUAUGAGACUAUAAUGAGAUACCAUAUUGAAGGCCUUCUUAAAAUCCAAGUAGAUGACAUCCGCCUCAAUUCCUGUGUCUAAGUAUUUUGUGACCUGGUCAUAAAAAGAAAUAAGGUUAGUCAGGCAGGAUCUGCUUGCUAUGAAUCUGUGCUGGUUGCCCUUUAGUAUUGCUUUCCCCACUGGACUGUCACAAAUGUGAUCCUUAAUAACUUUAUCAAAGUUUUUUCCAAGGAUAAAGGUGAGAUCCUUCACCAGAUCACUUUCACUUCCUUGGCAUCUGUGAUGUCAUAAACCUGUCCAUUUGUUCAGACAGCCUUCUGGGAAAAAGGUGGGCAGAUCUGGAUUUAUUCUGUUUAAAAAAAAAACAAAUGGGGGAGGAGGAUAUUCUUAGUCUCUUCAUUCAACACAAAUACCCCUAAUAUUUUGCUCCUUUACAGGUCACCUUUCAGGAGAAAUUAUGACAUCUCUUUUCCCAGAUACACCCUUCAGCUUGGUGUCAGAGAUUACCAACAAACACGCAAUUAUAAGACACAAAAGUGGAGUCUCCACAUCUGAGAAUCAAUGCAUGUAUCCAAAGGCCCCAUGGGAAACUAACAAAAUGCAAGUAAUUGGGACAGAAAGGAUCAGGAACUGACUUGCCUCCAAGAAAAUUAGUUUCACUGCAAGAUCUGGAGGCUCUAUUUACAACAGCAGCCAGAAAGUUUUCAAGAAAGGGUGAUAAAUAUAAAAGGAUAUUAAUGUAAUGGGGUUAUUACUCAUGUGGAAGUUAGGGAGAGGCCAUGACACCAGGAUCAGAUCUUAAAGGCAGCCCUCCCCCCCUCAAGCCCUCAAAACAAAACAGCUCCCCACCACCCACAAACAACAAGUAAUUUUGCAGGAAUGUAACCUUAAGCUUGAGAAAUUAAGACUUCCAAAGUCAGGAUAUUUCAAAACUCCCAAGAUUUAACUCUGCUGCCAUAUGCAAACUGUACCUUAUACCUUAUCUGCUAAUAGGACAGAAAUAUUUACAUUAAAUCAGGAAAAGGCAGAAGAAGAAGAAUACAGCUGUACAAGGUGGCUGGGAUAGCAUGUUGAGCGCAGCCUUCUCUAUAGAAAUCUCCUGUUUGACACACUACUAUUCAGCUUUGACCUGACAUUAACACAGGGGCAGGCAAUUAUUUCAGGCGGAGGGCCACUUACUGAGUUUUGGCAAAGCAUCAAGGGCCGCAUGACAGGCAGCCAGGGGCAGAUAAAUAUUAACUUUCUAAAUUUUUUUAGGGGCCCCGCGGGCCGGAUAGAAUGCCCUGGCGGGCUGCAUUCGGCCCGCGGGUCGCAUUUUUCCCACCCCUGCAUUAACACAUCCUGUGGAUUUCAAAUGUUCUUGUUUGUUUUUAAUAUUCUUCACUUCCUACAAAUGAGCUGCUCAAUUUUCAGAGUUUACUAGAUUGCAGUUCCCUUUAUGACACUCUUCACUGUUGCUUUCCUGAACUCCACCAUUACAGAGCUAGGCCUCUUAAACUUGCUGUCCUUGGCUCUGAACAGAUAGGAGUCCUGAGACAGAGGCUUCUCUUCAUCCCAAAAGCAGCCACCUGCCUGCUUCCUGGAGUGGCCAGAUAUCAGAGUGGUCCCUUGUAUAAUUUUGAGCAGCCUAAAGACUGUCCUCUAAACUGUCCUGACUUCAGCUGUUCCACAGGAAGUGCUGCCCCACCCAGGACCUGUGUUCCACCUUAUCCCCUGCCUUCUUUUGCUGCCCGGAUGAACCUUCAAUGCAGAAAGGUGGUACAUGGGAAUUGUGCUGCCCUUAGCCACCCUUGGAUUUCCACUAGAGAUUCUUUGGGCUGACAUCUAAGCAACAUCAUGUUGAUGGAGGGAGGGUCAAGAAGCUGCCCCUGUGAUGCUGAGAUCUCCCCUGAAAGUACACCACACACAAAUGCAAAAGGCUGUGCUAAGAGAAGGCAAUGCUUCUUCCAAGUAGUAUCCAUUUCUCCCAUACAGCCUUUCUCCACUAAAUCUUCUGGGCAGGUCACAAAAUCAGAAAAGUAGGGCUGGAAAAGACCUUCAAAGGUCACCUAAUCCAACCCCCUCCUCCCCACUACCAGAAGCAGGGUCAUCCCUGUUCAAACUAUCCUAUACAAAUCCUUGUCUAAACUGUUAGUAAAACUAUGGGGUCCAUCUUUGACAACCACAAGGCAUGAAACCCUAACCUGUUAUAGGUAAGACAGGGGGACAACAUCCCCCAAGUGCUCAUGUCUAUGAAAAGUGAAGGAGAAGGAGGCAGCAAGCAUUGAUGAUCCAUGAUCAAUUUAAUCUGAUGAUUUGUUUCAGGUGAGCAAAACCCAUGAAAGCAGAGCUGGCUGGCAAAUGAGUCGUGGUAAUGUGGCACUUUUGUUAAAAUGUUGAUACGUUUCAAACUUCUCCACCUAGUGUCACAGCAGAGCAAGAAAGAAAGGUCCUGAUACUGUGAUGUGAUCCAUGCAGGCAGACCCCAGCAGAGAUCCACUGAAGUCAGCCAAAAUCCACGUGGAUAUGAGAGGUUUUCCAUUGCACAGAACUCACUGUAGGAUGGAAGCCAAAGUUAAUCCUGUUUGCCUGCUGCAUGUAUAACUUUGUAUCACUCGGCAGGGAAAUAAAACCCUUAAAGCACUGAGUUGGUUGGAAUUUCUCCUUUGUGUUUUAAACGAAAUGUAGCCUUUUGGAUGAGAUUUGACACAUUCACAGAAAAGAUAAAAUGUUUGGCUAAUUGA